UCUGAUCAACUGUCAUUGUGUUCUCCUGGUAAAAAGGCAAAAUUUACAUAUAUUAAAAAAGUUCCCAGAAACAAUGGACGACACUGCGCCUUCGUCCUUAAGUCCGGCACCAUCAAAAAAUGAGAUCAGAGGGAAAAAACGACCCUUAGAAAUCACCAUUACGCAACAAUUUAUGGAAGAAAACUAUCCCGACGAGAUUGGAGAAUCUAGACAAUAUUUCCUACAUACGGAAGACGACUCCUCAAUUGAUAAAAAGUCGGGAAACGAGCACAUAAUCUAUUUUCAACCAUUCUUAAACUAUGAUUUGGUAAUUACAAAUAUUCCAAAAUCAGCCGGAAAGUUUUUCCAAAUCGUCAUAAAACCUGUGGAAUGGGCACACGCGUUCAAUCAGCUUUCUCUCGACAUGACGGCUCAAGCCCUCUAUUCUGCCAUCAUGACUUCGGAGUGUUUGCUACAAAUAAAUCUUGAUCUAAUUGGAACAACCAAUAUUUCAGAAAUUAUUCAAAGAGCGUCUGUCUGGAUGAUGGCCAAAUUCGACACACCCACCGAUCCGUGGUCCUUCCCGCUAAAUUUCGGAACUAUACUGACAAAAAUAUCAGAGCCAAAUCCGGAUGAUAAAGCCGCCAUAAUUGCCACCCUACAAAAAAUGGACCCCUUUCAGAAGGUUGACGCAGUGGCACCACUCUUAGAUGUAAUUGCGGACAGAACCAACUUUGAUAAUGCACAUAACGUUACGGAAGAAUUUCGCGAAUAUAUUAACAAUGGGAUCCAAGAGGAAAACAAAUAUAGCGAAAUGUUUAGGAAAUGCGUGGAUAAGAUUCAGCACAGUGAUCAGAGAGGCAUGAACACGGCACAAAUUGGUGCAGCUUUAACCAAAAGUACUAUUCCUCAAAACCGGGAUCAAAUCGUGAGUAUGGUCCAAUUCCAAACGGAACCAGGUCCAAGAUGGAAAAAAGCAUUUCAAGCGUGUAAAACCAGUAUUGGCCUUGGGGCGGCAAAAUUAUCCAGUACAAUUGUUCGAAGGGACUUUGGUGAUAGACAGGGAGAUUUUACAUCAGCGGGAGAUAUCUGUCCAGUGAAAUUGCUCGCUAUUCGUCAAGGAGCAAAAUUCCUCCAUGCCCGGAAAGAUGUGAAGAACGGCUUCCAAGAAAUAUUCGACUCGGCGAAACCACACCACAAUUUGUACCCCACGCGAGAAGAAUGCAUUCAAAUUGAUAAGGAGCUUUACAUACGCGGAAAAGCAACAUUGGCUGCACUUAACGCCGCUCGUGAAGUGGCAGCUAAGGCGGGAGAAAAUUUGCCAAUGGAAAUUCAAAAGUUGCUAUUGGCCCCGCUAAGCGACGUGACUCAUCAAGGUGACCAUGGCAACCAGAAUGUGACCAGUUCCACACAUAUCCCACUGAAUGAUCAGUAUAACUCUUUUCCCGCUGUCAAUACUCUUGGAGGCAACGAUCAGGAAAAUUUCCUCGGAUUACUCGAAAUUCCAGAAAAUACAUCACAUUUUUUCACCACGAUUUUGGAGAAACGUCCAUCGGUAACCGACGACUCUAAAAAUUUGUCCCUCGUGGAAAUUCCAUUGGAUAAGGAGAUUCUCAAGAGAUCCCUGCAAGACCCGACCGGAAACCUGACAGCGUUUGAACCAAAGCUACUGAGGGAUGAUUUCACCGAUACGCACGCCAUGCUACUGACGGUUCAAAAUAUUGAAGGAAACGUUACUUCGAGGACGUACGCAUUUUCUAGGGAAACAUGGACCAGCGCCAUGGCCAGGUGUGCAGAUCAAGGUCCUAUCGCCGCGGGAAAGAAGGACCUCAUUCCAAAUCUGUUCGAAACCGAGGAAUUGAAAAAUUGUACUCCCAGUGGAAAGAAACCUGGUCAAGGGAAGCGACGACCAGAAUGGGUGUUAAAUGAAGCCAGGCAGCAAAUGGUUUUAGAUGCCGUUCGCUAUUUCGUUGGAAAUGUGGCCCUAAAAAAUUGCAAAUAUGUUGUGGAGCCUUGGUCACCCUCAGUGGAGGCGGGGAUGAGGAAUAAAAUCAUAACUUCUGGGAGCAAUGAAAUUCGGGCAUCGCUGCUGAACUCAAGCGGACAAAAUCUCCUGGUCAAUGAUGGCGCUUGAGUUUUCAUUUUUACAAUAAAUUUAUGCCUAGUAAUCAGUGAUGUCAAAACUGUGCUAAGUGAACUUUAAAAAAAUUUGGGAAAAAUGUAUGCAACGGUUGGAUAAAUUUUACACAUCCUCGACAUAUUUUAACCUUGGAUAAAUUUUAUACAACUUUAUUCAGCCUGUAUUUAUGGCAAGGAAUGAAUAUAAAUGGUUGAAAUAAUAAAUGAGUGCAUGUGGGAGGAUUUUUGUAAUUUGUAGAGAUAAGUAAACGGUAGAAAUUUUCUGAUAUGUGCUCAAAUCUAAAAAAAAUAUGUUUAAUAAAAUAUAUAUUUAUUAUGAAA